AUGUCGAAGUUAGAUUUUGAUAAAUGGUUUCCAUCAUACGCGAAAGUUAAUUCUCACCUCAUUAACUCUGAAAAUAGAAGCCGACCAUCUUUUAGGCUAUUAUGCAUUCACGGUGCAGGAGGUUCAGACCAAAUAUUUGUGAAGAAAGACUUAAAUACUGGCAAGGAUUCUCCUAACAUAUUAUUGGAUUAUAUUCAGGAAAAUGGGAUAGAACUACUUGCACUGCAACUACCAGGAAGGGCAGGAAGAUUUCAUGAAACUUGUUAUAAAGAAAUUACAGAAUUAAUAAAUGACUUUUAUCCGGUUUUUAAGAAUCACUUCCUCGAAAGAGUAAAUCUAACAGAAUUUAUAGAAGCAGUACCAUGGGUACUUAUUGGCCAUUCAAUGGGAGGCUUAAUUGGCUUUGAAUUGAUCAAAAGAAUAAAGUUUGAACAAAUGAAAGAAUAUUCCACUAAAAUUGGAAUAGAUCAGAUUGGAUUUGAAAAUAAAGUAGUAAAACUUUUGAGGGAGAAAAGAAUGUUUCCUGAACUAUUUAUUAUUAUGUCUACAUUUCCACCGAACGUUCCAGUAUGUGAUCGUCCGUGGAGAAAGAAUGAAGAACUAAAUGAUGAAGAGUUUAAGCAAGAAUGCAGAGAGUGGGGAAUAAAUGAAAAUGUUUUUAAGAAAGGCAUUUGGGAAGAAUUUGAAAAACAAUUGAGAUGUGAUUUCACAAUGUUUGAUAGUUUUGAAAUGAAUUCGGUAGAUGAAGCAUUGUAUUGCAGUGAUAAAACACUUUAUAGUUUCAUGUAUCCAUUGGGGGUUAAAGCUCAACUAUGGAGCGCCUCUCAAGAUAAAAAAGUCACAAAAAACAUUAUGAAUAAAUGGAAAGAACUGCUUGUUCAUGAAGAUCUACAUGAAAUCAGAGAAAUAGAUGCCGCACAUAAUUUCCUGCAUGAUCCGAAGACAAGGAGAGAAUGGAUGCAAGGACUAACUGCGUUAUUAGACAUAAUAAUCUUAGACCUAGAAUACUAUUAA